AUGCUUUCAGUGGCAUUUGUCCGCCUGGUGCAGGACUUGGCUGUCACCAUGGUGGAGAGACCCCCACCUUCCUGGCCUGCAUCUGCUGGUGAGCUGUCCUCUCCAGGCACGGGCUCUCCACAGCCGGGGGCGGGCAUUGACAUGGAGCCCACAACAAUGGUGGUGUCACCAGCCAGCUCGGAAGCCCAGAUGGUGCAGUCGCUGGGCUUCGCCAUCUACCGCGCACUGGACUGGGGUCUGGAUGAGAGUGAGGAGCGGGAGCUCAGCCCACAGCUGGAGCGGCUUAUUGACCUGAUGGCCAACAGCGACUGUGACGACGGCGGCUGCGGGGCUGCAGAUGAGGGCUACGGGGGCCCAGAGGAGGAGGAGGAGGCAGAGGGCAGCCCCCGCACCGUGCGCACCUUCUCGCAGGCCAUGCGGCUGUGCGCAGCGCGCCUCACCGACCCCCGGGGCGCACAGGCCCACUACCAGGCUGUGUGCAGGGCGCUCUUCGUGGAGACUCUGGAGCUUCAGGCCUUUCUCGCCAGGGUCCGCGAGGCCAAGGAGAUGCUGCAGAAACUUCGGGAGGACGAGCCACAGGCAGAGCAGCCCCUGGCAGAGCUUGACAACCUGAGGCACACGGAUUGGGCCCGACUUUGGGUCCAGCUCAUGCGGGAGCUUCGCCAUGGGGUAAAGCUCAAGAAGGUGCAGGAGCAGGAGUUCAACCCACUGCCCACCGAGUUCCAGCUCACUCCCUUCGAGAUGCUGAUGCAGGAUAUCCGUGCCAGGAACUACAAACUGCGCAAGGUCAUGGUUGAUGGGGACAUCCCUCCCAGGGUGAAGAAAGAUGCCCAUGAACUCAUCUUGGACUUCAUCCGCUCCCGGCCUCCACUGAAGCAGGUCUCAGAGAGAAGGCUCCGCCCCCUGCCCCAGAAGCAGAGGACCCUGCAUGAGAAGAUCCUGGAGGAGAUCAAGCAGGAGCGGAGGCUGCGCCCUGUGGGAGCUGAGCGCUGGGGUGGCAGAGGGUUUGGCUCUUUGCCCUGUAUUCUCAACGCCUGCUCUGGGGAUGUCAAGUCCACCUCCUGCAUCAACCUGUCCCUAACGGAUACUGUGAGCUGCACCCAACGCCCACGGCCCCGGGUUCUGCUCAAGGCACCUACCUUGGCAGAGAUGGAGGAGAUGAACACGUCUGAGGAGGAAGAGUCUCCGUGUGGGGAGGUGACACUGAAGAGGGACCGCUCUUUCUCAGAGCACGACCUUGUCCAGCUGCGGAGUGAAGUAGCCUCUGGCCUGCAGCCGACCACUCAGCUCCCAGGAGGCUUGGAGCCAUCUCGGGCCCGUGCAGGCAGCAUGCACACUUGGCGACCAAGCACCCAGGAACAGGGCAAGUGUCCCUUCCCUGUGAGUGUCCAGUCCCAGUCCCAGGCUGACCCUAGUUCCCCCCAACACAGUGACCUGGGCUCAGCAAAGGACAAGCCCCAGGCCUCUGCAGCCCCAGACACCAAUCACCUGUGGCUGGAGUUCAGCCACCCCGUAGAGAGCCUCGCUCUGACUGUGGACGAGGUGAUGUAUGUGCGCCGUGUGCUGGUGAAGGCUGAGAUGGAGAAGUUCCUACAGAACAAGGAGCUCUUCAGCAGCCUGAAGAAGGGGAAGAUUUGCUGCUGUUGCCGAACCAAGUUCCCACUGUUCUCCUGGCCACCCACCUGUCUCUUUUGCAAGAGAGCUGUCUGCACUUCCUGCAGCAUAAAGGUGAAGAUGCCUUCUAAGAAGUUUGCUCACAUCCCUGUCUACACACUGGGCUUCGAGAGUCCUCAGGGGGCCGCAACUGCCAAACCCAAUGCGACACAGAGGAGAGAGGUCUUCCAGUCCCUGCAGGGGCCCCAGUGGCAGAGUGUGGAGGAGGAGUUCCCACACAUGUACACCCAUGGCUGUGUCCUGAAGGACAUCUGCAGCGACUGCACCAGCUUCGUGGCCGACGUGGUACGCUCCAGCCGCAAGAGUGUGGAUGCCCUCAACACCACCCCUCGCCGUGCCCGCCAGACCCAGUCCCUCUACAUCCCUAACACCUGGACUCUCGACUUCAAGUGACAGCCCUUGCUACCCUAGGCCACCUGGCUAGAGGCCUUUCACGGUGGCCUAAAGUGGCCAGGCCUCUGGGGAGGAGCUGGACCAGUUCUCGACCAGGCUGGGAGCUCCCCAUCCUGGAACACAGCUGCCAGCUGCCUCCUGAGUGUGCAUGUACAUAUAUAUAGAAAUGCAUUUAUAUAACAUAUACACAGCCUAUAUGUUUAUAUAUGUUUCCUAGCCCCAGAGUCCAUUUGGGGUCAGGCUUAUUUCCAGGACCCUCCCUGGGGAGGCUGUUUCCUCUCAGGACUCCUUGGGUGAGGGGGAUGGCACAAGAUAGAAAGGGGCAGGCUGGAGGAAGGGCAGGGGUGGUGGGGCCCUGGGGAAGACCCUGCCCCGCAUCUGUUCUCCACCCUCUGGGCAGGUCCGGGCGUGGAAGGGUGCCUUGGUGCCCAGGAGGACUGGAACACCCUAUUUGCAUCUGUGCUCCCGUAACAGGGAUAUGGGAUGCGGAGUCACCUGAAAAUCGAGCGGGCUGAGAUCUCUCCCAGGCAUGUGUCACAGGGCCAUCCCCAUGGGAGGUCUGAGGUGAAGCCCACUCCCUAUCUGACACCAGGCCCCUGUAGUGCUUUCGGUCUCUCUGCAGGGAGGAGCCUCGUAAACGGGUAUUCAUGGCCACAUAAAGGUGGUCAGUCUCCCGUCUAGGGCAUGAGCUAAGGACUCUCCAGUCACAGCAGCAGGCAUGUUCUCCAAGGGUGGAAGCUGGGCUGAGGGGCCACUGCCCCAAGCAGUCAGGAUGCCCUCCUGAGAUGAGGCUCUCAGGCCCACGCCCAUUCUCUACGCCCCGCCUCAUAGCCUGGCACCCUGGUCCUGCAUGGGAGAGCAGCUUGGCCUGCUGCUGCCACCAGUCACCUGGGGGACCCUUGUCCUCAUCUCCCAGGUCCUGUGGGGUCCUCGGGGUGGGAGCACCUCCACCCUACUUGUUAGGGCAGUGGCUGGAGCACCUGUGUGCACUGUCUGCCCCUAUGUGCCUGGGAGGUGGCUUCUGUCGUCAUCCCUGCCUGCGAAUGAGGAAACUGGAACUCAGGAGUGUCAAAGGAAUCUGGGUAAAGAUAUACUCAGCUUUCCUGGAUGCCAAUGCAGGUCUGCUGGGCACCAGGCUCUAAUGCUUGCCCCACGGACAUGGGCCCGGAGGAGGCCCAGGACACGUGACUUGUAACAGAUGGGCUUGUGGGAGAAGAUAUUUCACCAGCUGAGGUCCAGGACAUUCAGUUACACGAAAUUAAAGCAGCCAGUAACAGGAGCCAGCUCCUAGCCCUUGUUCUGAGUGCUUCACAAGUAGGGAGCAGUGUUAUUACUAUUUAAAAAUAAGACAGGUCCUGGCCAGGCAUGGCUCGGCAGUUGAACAUCAAACUA